GGCGAAAGUUUGGAAUCCUAUUUGAAUGGUUGAGAUGAAUCCCUAGUCUUUCAUACGGGCUUUUCUCAGACCAGCAAACCAAUGCAGCCAUCCUCGUCACUCUCAGUACACUCGACAUCCUCGUCAUCCCCGCUAUCCUUCCUGUACUUUCCAUCGAUGUGACAGACGAUUCGAGAUGAAGAUAACGCCUUUUUGCCCCACGCCUCUUGUCUGCAACCUGAUAUUUCUUGUUUUGGGGCCACAUGCAAUAGAUUCCCGGGGUUACUGACCAAUGUCAUCUAGAAACGGGUUUGUACAUGGUGCGACCUAUUCUAGACAUCAUCCAGCCUUGUUUACUUCUCGAUUCAUCGCCAGUUUUCUACUUGACCCGGAGCUGUUCUCCAUCUAUUACCUUUCCAACGACAAUUCUACUUAUUGCCGCAGUAAUCUGAUACCUCGCAUAUAUAUACAUAUACAUUAAGUCUAAGACACGACCAUAUUCACAUCUUGAAUCCCCAUCUAGUCGACUCCGCAAUGUUGGGUUCAAACUUUCGCACUAUUCUUCCCGGCGAUAUGGAUACUACCAUGAAAAAUAGCACUUCAAGCGAUUCUUCCAAGAAUAAAAACAGUACACCAGAAACAACAGGCUCCAAUAGUAAUGCAACCCCUGCAACCCUCGAUAAGAGAUCAGAGAGCGCAGGUCCCAUCGCAAAGAAGAGGAGAGUUCCAGCAUCAAUCACCCAAAACGCUUGUGUCAACUGUAAGAAAGCUAGAGCCAAGGUAAGUGAUUCUAAUAUUCUCCGACUUUAGCCGUGAAAGUAAAAAGCCCAGCAAGAACACCUGGUAACUAAAGUUUACCCAGUGUGAUGGUAAUCAACCUUGCACUCGUUGUACUAGCAAAAGGAGUUUAUACCAAGAAGAAUGCGCCUACGAGCCACACACUAAGAACGCGAAGACGAUGCUGGUGAGGAAUCUCAAAGAGAGCCAUGAUAUCAGAAAUAAAGCAGAAAGAAUCUUCACAUGGCUCGCGAAUGGCACCGAUAAUGAGCAUGAUAUCCUCGAGCGUAUUAAGAAUAGAGACUCAAUCACAGAUAUAGCUAAUUGGUUGGAAUCCAUAGAGAGCAAUGGUGAGUCACAGCUAUCUAUAUAUGCAGGCUCCAACAACGAACUCGACGGUGACCUGCCUAGUGAGUUUGUUUGGACAACAGUAACAGGCGAUGACGAAGUUAUCGAACAUCUUAUCUCCCUGUAUUUCACAUGGGUCCAUCCCUUCUACCCUUUGUUCAAUGAAGGUCACUUCGUGGAUAGUAUGAAACAAGAAUCGGACGAGUUUUGCUCGCACAAUCUGUUCAAUGCCAUCUGUGCCAUGGCAUGCUAUCUUCACACUGCUACUGACGAAGAUAUCAUUGACUACAAACGAAUGGGCACCCAAUUCUCUGAUUUUGUUAGGAACAGAAUCGACCCGCAAGACAGUAGCCUAACGAACAUCCAAGCAUUUGCGGUCAUGUUCUUGGUACGCUGCGCACAAGGACAAGGGUUUAGUGGUUCAGUAUACUUGAACAUAGCAAGUAGAUCUAUGGAGAGCCUCAGACCAAGCAAUAGUGACAGCGCCGAUUAUCGGCAAAUCUGGAGGGAAACGGUCAAAGGUAUAAAUAGCCUGAACGUGUGAGUACCAAUUCUCCUACUCAAUGCAAGUUUACCAAAGGUGCAACUGACAUCCUCAGCGAGUGGGCCCAGAUGACCUUCACGAUGGCGCCAGCUUAUAUUCCAGACCUGCAGCCAACUCAAUUGUUCGAUGAAAUAAGUUUAUGGGAGGCUGAAGUGGACAAAUCCGGGUGGGCGCCCUAUCGAUUUCCUACAGACUUCAUGAAUGGAACGCCAUUCCACUGUCUGACGGCAACCACAAAUCGAAAAAAAAUGGAGCUCGUUGAUAUCAUCCACCAAACUACGAUACUUCUGUCUAACGCAACUGGGCCUCUAAUAUCUGCUGAAGAUCUGUGGGCCAUUUAUCGCAGAUUGUUAACUUGGCAUGAAGAUCUACCAAUAAGUAUCGCUAUCAUGUGCGAAGAAGAAGUUCAAAGGUUACCGCAUAUAUAUUCACUGCAGUAAGCUCAGUCUUUUGUUGUAUCUUCAUAGUCCCGCCGCAGACCAUCAACUGAUUUCUCAGUAUAUUAUAUGCCACCACGGCAGUCUAUCUCUUAAGCCCACUGCUAGAUUUCAAGGAACCUCAGCUUGAUGCGCUGGUUAGGCAGCAUGCAAAGGAAGGACUCAAGCUUCUUGUCGAACGAUAUCACUUUCACUAUACGUCUCGUUACCAGCCAGUCUCCCAAAUGUUCGCCAUGCUGUAUCUGACCGAGGUCCUGAUUCAAUCGUCUCCAGAAACCGAUAAAGACUCUGGGAAAAAUGCCUUAGCAUACAUAAAACAAGCCACUGGCACUUUGAAACAGUCCAAUAGUAGCUUUCCUGUUGCUAGCGUCUUCAUGGGAAUGCUUCAAGAAAAUACAAAGAGAUUUUUGAUCCCAUUGCCAAACGAACUUGAAGAUCUCUUCCGUCACAGUCCUCGAACUUCGAAGUUUCCUUUAGAUGACGCCAUCAACGCAUUUGGAAGCACCAAUUAUGUUCAGCCAGUUGAAGCGAUCCGAAAAAGGAUUGAUCCUAGCUUUAGAUCCAGAUGGAUGAUGCAUGCCGCUGCUGGAUAUCCCAAGAACUUCCACAGACCACCACUCUUACGCCAAACUUCAGCCGAAGAAACAGGUGCACAUAACCUGAUGCGAAUUCUCAAUCUGCAAAACCACAACACAAAUUGACAGAUUCAGCUGGGGCAAAGGGAAAAGCUUGUAUUCAUUUUUACAUCUCCGUGGAGAGGACGGUUUUCGCAAAUUGUAGUUUGAAAUGUAGGAUGCGCUGUUGGAGACGUCCUCCGAGAUAAUUUUUCAACUGAUAUCAACGCCGUCGAUCAAUUUUGAUUGAUACACCUGGGAUAGAAGCCAAUAUGAAGGUGAUAUCCAUCACAAAAUUAAACAUGCUGGUGAUUUCUGUCUAGGAAUUUCCAACAAAUCGCCAUCUAUUUACACGACCAUCUUUCAUCGUUCGUCGCAAUAUCGAAAUGCGCAUUGUCUGGGACGACUAGCCAGGAUGAAAUAUAUGGCUUGCUGUACCCUCUUUACGGUCAUAGCUAGAUAUCGAUCGUCAAAAUAAUCGUGGCGCAUUUGCCGGCUCGAAUCUCAAGGAGUCUGAAGGAUCUGAUAUGAGAAACAAUGGAAUAUUUGAGGUGUAGAUUAGCCGGAACGAGUCUACCAGUGCUCCAGGUUUAGACUGAGGAAGAUUUUUUUUUGGCAUGAUCUACAUAUGACUAGAUGAAUGUCUUGGAAGAAUGGCCGCAUGGAAAGUCCAAUUUGAUAGGUUUCGAGGCUUAGGAGGUGAUUUUGAAUUGGAGGUGGCGAAUAAAAAACCCCAUUUUCCUCGGUGAAAAUGAAUGAAUUUGACGAUAAAUCUGAUAUUGUGAAUCGAUAUCUUUUGAUGAUACAGGUGCCAGUUCAUCAGGGCAUAGUACGCCUUUCACCGAACCGGCAAUAGUUGAUACAAAUCCACGAUGGCGGAAGGAAUUAUAUGGGCGAAGGGGCAAGUGGAGGGAGAGGAGGAGGAGGAGUUGAUAUUGAUGAUGGUGUAUCUGCUGGGUAUCUAGGUGGUACCUUAUUAACGUGUGCUUGGUUGAAUGAAGGGAAAGGUGUAGAGAUGAUAUGGCACGUGUGUGUCCGAUAGCCGGCAACAAUGAUCAACCAGUCGACAUACGGUUCGACAUACGACACAAUAUAAAAUGCUCGUCGAAGCACCGAUGAUGAGCUAUAGUAAAGCAUUUAAUAUCAACUAUCUUAUCAUCAACUUCGGAGUUCUUUCUUUGUUCUAGUCCACAAGUUCUUCUUCCAAUGCUGCUCCGGAGAAAAUACGCUAGACAUAUACGCUCUGGAUCUUAAGGCUACAAACUGAGUACCGAGUGAGUGAACUUGAAGAGGCGAAAAAGAAUUCACACCACAAUAUUUCUUGA